AUGAAAUUCACGCCGGUGGAGGAGAAUUUGCUUUACCAGCGAGACAUUGCAGCGGAUCCGGAGCACUGCGAAGUGAGGAACACGUAUUUUCCAGUGAGAAAGGGGAGUUCAGUAAGGUUGUAUCAAGAAGCGCAAUGUCCCGAAUCUGGAAAAGGGAAGUUACCUGAGGUAAAGCUUGAGAAUGGAGAGGUUUAUAGGCACGGGAAGUGUUGGGAGGGUAUUUGUUAUGCCAUAUCUGAGGCUCAUCACAUGGUGUAUUUGGUGGGUUGGUCGAUUUACCAUAAGGUGAAGCUUGUUAGAGAGCCUACUAGGACGUUCCCACGAGGUGAUUUGACGCUUGGAGAGUUGCUGAAGUGUAAGUCUGAAGAAGGGGUGAGAGUGUUGUUGCUAGUUUGGGAUGAUAAAACUUCGCACGAUAAGAUUUUACUCAAGACGACUCAUGAUGAGGAAACCAGGAAGUUUUUUAAACAUUCUUCAGUAAUGUGUGUUUUGUCGUCUCGGUAUGCCAGCAACAAGAUGAGUUUCUUGAAGCAACAGGCAAGUGUUUGGAUCAUUCAGGGUUUGAUUCACUUUGACUCUAGAACAAGUCCACACUACUCAGGGAUCAUUAUACAGUUGUUCCAGAGGAUGACCUUUCAGUAUGGGUUUCUAGUGAAAAUGAUCCUGAAAACUGGCAUGUUCAGGUUUGACACUGCAAGCUUAGUUAUGAGCAAAUCUUAUGCUAUUCUUUCUUGA